AUGUUAAUCAGUUUUUAUUUCACAGACAAGCUAAAAAAAGGGUGGACAUCACCGGUUUAUGCGUUCUACGAGCCAAUACCAAGCAUUGAAUAUAUUGGCGGGCGGUGCUCCCAUGUAUUCCAGUGCAUGGGGAAGGGUUGCAAACAGCGCGUUCGGCGCUACCUCGACAAGGGCGAUGCGAAGUCGACGAGCAACAUGGCCAAGCACGCCAAGAGCUGCUGGGGGCCAGAGGCAUAUGAUGCCGCACAAGAGACUAAAUCAGCAGCAGCAGCACGUGAAGGCGUCAUCAAAAACUUACUGAAAUCCGGCACUAUCACGUCCUCUUUCGAAAGAACAUCUAAGGGUAAAGUGACCUAUUCACAUAGGCAACACACGAAGACUGAAACCAAGGCAGAGAUCGUGCGUUGGGUCUCGGAAAGCCUACGACCAUUUGAGACUGUCAGCGACCGAGGAUUUCAGUCGUUGAUGAAGACGGGGCGUCCUGAAUACUACCUACCUUCACCUUCCACGGUGUCACGCGACGUGAAACUUGUAUUCGCGAAUGUUCGACAACGGAUCGCACGAAUGCUGCAGGAAUAUGAUGGUGAACUCAACUUCGCGACAGAUGCAUGGACCUCACCUAAUCAUAAGGCCUUUGUGGCGGUCUCUGUGCACCUUGAACACCAGGGCAAACCUCUGGCCAUGGUUCUUGAUGUUGUUGAAGUUGCGCAGGUGGGUGUGCUCGAUUAG